UGCGGCGGAGUAGAUGGAGGAGGAGGAGGAGGUGGUGAACGACUGGAAAUACUGGACGGAAAACAAGGAGGAUGCGGAUUACUGCAGCCAGUCUGCCUUCUGGCGAUGGUUUCGGUCAUUUAGCACGAAGAUGUCCGGGUAAAGAGACCCAGGCCUGCGGUUUGCUGAUACACAGACCAAGAGCCUGUGAUUUAUGCGUCGCCUCAAACUGACACCGAGCAAGCCUGGGCGUUCAUUGUGAGGACGAUUUGAUGUCACCAUAGGUUAGUGUGUAGUCUAUUAGAAUGACUGAUUUUAUUGAACAACUAAAACCAGAGAAAUCAAACCGAACCUAGUGCCUUGUCGCGUUGUGGGUCAACUGCCAUAAUGGUUUUAGUCGUCGUUUUAGCAUCAUCCCCAGCUGACCUGUUCUCCCGUGCUGCUUCGCUCUGGAUGUCCAAUUGAAAGCAGCGCCACAAAGUCAACGCCAAACAUCACAGAAAUUCAACCGAGUCGCGUUUAAACAUGAACGGGGCAACGCUGCCGCCUCGCCGCCUCACGACACUGUUCAUAUGGACGACUCUGAGUCUGCUCUGCUGCGGGCAACCCGCACCUGACUCCUCGGGCCUGACUCGAGCCAUCCGCGUGCCACUGCGGCAAGGCGCUCGCGCCGAGCAGUCACCGCCGCUGCCGCCUGCGGCCGCUGCCGCGACACGGCGACGCGGCACCGCGAGCCAGUCUCCUGCGCGCAGGCGGAGAGGAGCGGCAGAGGGCGGCGUCAGCUUUGUGGACAUGAUCGACAACCUGCGUGGGAAAUCCGGUCAGGGAUAUUACGUGGAGAUGGCCUUGGGCUCACCUCCGCAGAAGUUAAAUAUCCUGGUGGACACAGGAAGCAGCAACUUUGCUGUCGGGGCAGCUGCACAUCCUUUCCUGCGCAGAUACUACCAUCGUUCACUAUCCAGUUCAUACCGAGACCUGGGCAGGAGUGUGUACGUUCCAUACACUCAGGGCCGCUGGGAGGGGGAGCUGGGCACGGAUUUGGUCUCUGUGCCACACGGCCCCAAUGCCACGCUGCGUGCCAACGUCGCCGCAAUCACCCAGUCAGACCGCUUCUUCAUCAACGGAUCAAACUGGGAAGGAAUCCUGGGGCUUGCCUAUGCUGAUAUAGCUCGUCCGGACGAGACACUGGAGCCUUUCUUUGACUCUUUGGUUCGUCAGACAUCUGUCCCCAACCUCUUCUCUCUCCAGCUGUGCGGUGCAGGCUUUACCCAGAACCAAUCCCUGGGCAGCUCCACAGUUGGUGGCAGCAUGAUUGUUGGUGGAGUGGACUCAUCACUGUAUGUUGGAGAGCUGUGGUACACUCCCAUCCGCAGGGAGUGGUACUAUGAGGUCAUUAUUGUUAGGAUUGAGGUGAACGGGCAGGACCUUAACAUGGACUGUAAAGAGUACAACUAUGAUAAGAGCAUCGUGGACAGUGGAACCACCAAUCUUCGACUUCCGAGGAAAGUCUUCCAGGCUGCAGUGAAGGCUAUUGAAGCAGCCUCCUCGACCGAGCAGUUUCCUUCUGGGUUCUGGCUCGGGGAGCAGCUGGUAUGCUGGCAGGCUGGCACUACACCCUGGCACAUCUUUCCAGUGAUCUCCCUCUACCUGAUGAGUGAAAACCGCAACCAGUCCUUCAGAAUCUCCAUCCUGCCCCAGCAAUACCUGCGGCCGGUGGAGGAUGUCGCCUCUGCUCAGGAGGACUGCUAUAAGUUUGCUGUAUCUCAGUCCAGCACCGGGACGGUGAUGGGGGCUGUCAUCAUGGAGGGCUUCUAUGUCGUAUUUGACCGAGAGAAGAAACGCAUUGGAUUUGCCGUUAGCACCUGUCAUGUGCACGACGAGUUUCGCACAGCCUCUGUGGAGGGCCCGUUCCACGGCGUCGACCUGGAAGACUGCGGCUACAACAUCCCGCAGACAGACGAGUCCACCCUGAUGACCAUCGCUUACAUCAUGGCGGGAAUCUGCGCCCUCUUCAUGCUGCCUCUGUGUCUCAUGGUGUGCCAGUGGCGCUUCGCUCGCUGCCUCCACCCACACGGGGACUUUGCAGAUGACAUAUCGCUCCUAAAAUGAAGGGACAGGCGUGGCCUGAGACGCGGGGCCGAAGGUGGCUCCUUUACGAAAUGACGGUGCUGUUCACAGAAAGCUUUGAAAAGAUUCUUCAGGAAUUCAAUAGAAAUUACGGACACAGACACACAGAGAAACUUGCUGCCAACGGGUUGUUUGUAAGGAUAACAAGAGCCAUUUUGAACUUUAAUAGGACAACAGAAGGUGCUGCUGUCAGUGUCCAAAUUGUCUGUUUAAGCUUCUGUAUCUAUGCAGAUCAGCAUGAUUUAAAGAAUAAACCACAUUGAUGAAGAUUGGGUAAUUUGGUGAAAGAACAAGCUGAAACUUUACAAAGAAAACCUUGAUUUUGUGUUGAAGACGGGGAUUCCUGGUGCAGCCGGCUGUGGUUUGCGUUGGCAUGACCUGAACAUGUGAACAUUUUGGUGUCGUGUGCUUCUGUAGCUCUUUUAUUUGUGGUUUUUGAAUGGAUGACGUUAAUUGUUGGAGCCUGCGUAUAUGUUUGCACAGCUGUCCUGCACAUGAAGAGCAUAUGGCAAGGUUUAAAGAAAUACAGAAGUCCCAAAAAAUGACAGAAUAAUGCAAAUGAAAAUGAAGAAUUCUGGAAAAAGCUAAUGAUGUAUGCAUAAAGAGGCUAUUUAACAAAAUAUAAGGUAAAGCAUUUAUUGUAUUUAAUCUGUUUUUUGCAGAAUAUGAUCAGACAGAUCGCACUCAAUUUCAGAUGUCAUUUCUUUUCUUCUACUGAAUAAAUGUAUCUACUGUAUAUAACAUUUGUGCAUUCCAGAUUGUCUAUUUGCACAGACACAGAUCACAGAGGACUGCUGCACCUAUUUGAUGAUUUGCACAUGUGACACAUUACAGGCUAACACAGAAUGAAGAGGGCUUCUACCACAGAUACACAAACAGCCUAAUAUGUUUUUAACUGGGACCAUAUCUGCUUUGAAAAGUAAACCAGCCCAAAAGUAUGUUAUUUACUGGAAAAUGUGACGUACAUCCAUAAGGAACAGUUUGUGUUGUCUCCAUAAAAGCUGUACAUAGAUGAACUCGGAUCUGGAUAUUUAUCUGUCAGGUGCUGGCAGCUUUGUCGAUCCAAUAAAGUACUUAUUGUAACUGUAAAA